CAAGAAAUUUUCGAUACUUCUUCUGUUUUACUUCUCUAUUCUGUUUUUGAAACGUUCUAUUUUUCGCAGAGGCGUCUUCGUAUACGCCUUCUUCGCGAAACCAACACAAACUUCCUUCCUCCUCCUCGACACAGAACAAUGAGAGAGUGCAUCUCCAUCCACAUCGGUCAAGCCGGAAUCCAGGUCGGAAACUCCUGCUGGGAGCUUUACUGUCUUGAGCAUGGAAUUCAGCCUGAUGGACAAAUGCCCGCCGACAAAACCGUGGGCGGAGGGGAUGAUGCCUUCAACACCUUCUUCAGCGAAACAGGAGCAGGCAACCAUGUCCCUCGCGCAGUUUUCUUGGAUCUGGAGCCUACUGUGAUCGAUGAGGUCAGGACCGGUACCUACCGCCAACUGUUCCACCCUGAGCAACUCAUCAGCGGCAAAGAAGACGCCGCCAACAACUUUGCCAGAGGCCACUACACAAUUGGCAAGGAGAUUGUCGAUCUUUGCUUGGAUCGUAUCAGGAAGCUGGCAGACAACUGCACUGGUCUCCAAGGUUUCCUGGUUUUCCAUGCCGUCGGUGGUGGGACUGGCUCUGGUCUCGGUUCUCUCCUGCUGGAAAGGCUCUCGGUUGAUUACGGAAAGAAAUCGAAGCUUGGCUUCACCGUCUACCCUUCACCUCAGGUUUCAACCUCUGUUGUUGAGCCUUACAACAGCGUCUUGUCAACUCAUUCUCUACUGGAACACACUGACGUUGCAGUACUCCUUGACAACGAAGCCAUUUAUGACAUUUGCCGCAGAUCAUUAGACAUCGAGAGACCAACCUAUACCAAUCUCAACAGGCUUGUGUCUCAGGUUAUUUCCUCGCUUACAGCCUCUCUCCGCUUUGAUGGUGCUCUUAAUGUGGAUGUCACAGAGUUCCAGACUAACUUGGUCCCAUAUCCACGUAUCCAUUUCAUGCUUUCUUCUUAUGCUCCUGUGAUCUCAGCAGAGAAGGCAUAUCAUGAGCAGCUUUCUGUUGCGGAAAUCACUAACAGUGCAUUUGAGCCGUCAUCCAUGAUGGCUAAGUGUGAUCCACGACAUGGGAAAUACAUGGCCUGCUGUUUGAUGUACAGAGGUGAUGUAGUUCCAAAGGACGUGAAUGCCGCAGUUGCCACAAUCAAGACAAAGAGGACCAUCCAGUUUGUGGACUGGUGCCCUACAGGAUUUAAGUGUGGAAUCAAUUACCAACCCCCUACAGUUGUCCCUGGUGGAGACUUGGCCAAGGUUCAAAGGGCAGUCUGUAUGAUUUCAAACUCCACAAGUGUUGCUGAGGUUUUCUCAAGGAUUGAUCAUAAGUUUGACCUGAUGUAUGCCAAGCGUGCUUUUGUACACUGGUAUGUUGGUGAGGGGAUGGAGGAAGGAGAGUUCUCAGAAGCUCGUGAAGAUCUAGCUGCUCUUGAGAAAGACUAUGAGGAGGUUGGAGCAGAGUCUGCAGAAGGGGAUGAAGAUGAAGGUGAUGAGUAUUAGACGACAACAGUAGUAACUUUUUUUGUUUCAAUCUUGGGACACCAAUGGACUCAUUGGUCUGCAAUGGGUGGGGUGGGCAUUCGCAUCUAGAUAUGUAGGCUAGUUCUUUGGGUUACUUUUUUUUUAUCGCUCCAGAGUAGAAUGUUUCAUUUUCUUUUUUUUCCUUUUUCUUUUUCUGGUAAGAAGAGUUGAACGUUUCAACAUUUAAUGGAAUACUAUAAAUGUUUUAAAA